AUGGAGGGUUUCUACGGUGUUGAAGUGAGUGCCGGGCAGAAGGUCAAACCGAAGAUACCCGAAGACCACGUACUUCGUCUCACACAAAUUGCUGUGCCUGCGAAUGCAAGUGGUGCUAUUACUCUUGUGAUAUCCUUUCAGGGGAAGGAAUUUACCAUUGCCACGCUUGACCCCAAGCGGAGCCUAUUUCAAAUGGGCAUCGACCUCGUGUUAACCGCAGAGCAGGGAACCACUCUUUCCGCCACGGGUUCUGGCUCAGUGCAUUUGACUGGAUACGUUCAACCUGUUGAUGAUGGAAGUGAUUUUGAUGAGGAAGAUGAUCUCGAUGAGGUGGAUGCUGAAGAUAUGGAAUCCUACGGAGUUCCCCCGAAAAGAGGAGGGAAAUCUGCCAAGUUUCCUGUAAGCGAAGAGAAUUCCGAUGAAGCAAAUGGUGACGGCGUCGAUGGAGACGACGAAUCCGAUGACGAGGAAGGUAUUGAAAAGGACAAUGAAGGAAUUGACGCGGGUGACGAAGACGACAAUGAUGAUGAUGAUGAAGCCUACGAUGAAGACGACAGUGACGAUGACGAUGACGAUGACGAUGAUGAAGAAGAUGAUAAUGAUAAUGAUAAUGACGAUGACGAUGACGAUGAUGAUGAUGAUGAUGAUGAUGACGAUGAUGAUGAUGAGCCAGCCAGUAAAGUGCAACGCACUGAGCAACAAGGGUUCCGUGGUGGUAAUCGCGGGGGGUUCCGUGGUGGGGACCGAAACGGUAACGGUGGUAAUCGCGGAGGGUUCCGUGGCGGAGACCGUGGAGGAAACCGUGGAAACUUCCGCGGCGGAGACCGAAGUGGUAACGGAGGAAACCGUGGAAACUUCCGUGGCGGAGAUCGUGGAGGAAACCGUGGCAACUUCCGUGGCGGGGAUCGUGGAGGAAACCGUGGUAACUUCCGUGGCGGGAAUCGCGGCAACUUCCGUGGCGGGAACUCUGGGAGGGGUCGUUACUAA